CAAGGCUGCCAGGUGCGGGCCUCGCUCCACAACUCAGGAGGCAGGAUCGGCGGCUUCAUUUUACAGAUGUCCCACUGCUUGCAGAUGGCUGAGCCCCAGGAAACAGUGCUAGCACUUCCUCCGAGAGAAGGGGUGCAGGCAGCCGCCACCGUGCCCAUCCGCCUGUCCGGCCUGGAGGAUGGCUUGUCAGACCAUCCCCUGGACCAGGGGCCCCGCUGCCCUGCCCGGCGGCCCUGCAGCCCUGCCUCGGCUCCAGCUCCUACAUCACCGAAGAAGCCCAAGAUGCAGGCGCCCGGGGACACGUUUCCCACCGACUGGAGCCCCCCGCCCGUGGAGUUCCUCAACCCAAGGGUGCUGCAGGGCAGUCAGGAGGCCCCGGCCCAGAGGUGGGUGGGUUUAUCCUGGAGGGUCUCAGGAAGCUACUUCAACAACCUGGACUACUUACUGCAGGAGAAGAGGGAACAGGCCCUGGAGCAGGAGCGUGAGAGGCUGCUUCUGCAGGAGUGUCUCAAUCUCAACUCCUUGGAUCUUGAUGAAGAUGAAGUGCCACUCACACCCGAGCACAGGAUGCUGGUGGAAAAGUACUCAGUGUCCCUGCAGACCAUCCCGCCGGUCCAUCCAGGUGAGACUGUGUUUCUGCCCAGGCGUCACUCCCUGCCAUGCAUCCUGGACUCCUCACACCUGAAGCCACGCAGCCGCCUGGAAGGGCUGUUCCUCAGCUCCCCGCCGGCCCAACAGCUGUCCUUCCUGCACAGCGGCCUCCUGAGCACCCUCUACCUGCACGUGCCUGACUGCCCAGUGCCUCUGCUCCAGUGGCUGUUCCAGCUGCUGACUUGGCCUCCAGAAACAUCUUUGGGAGCCUUCGGUCUCCUGUGGGAUCUCAGUGCGGAUGGAAUCUUCCUUCAGCCGGGUGAAGACGUGCACCUGUGGUGCCCCUCGCUGCAAGAGGUCAGGGAGGCAUUCCACAGCCUGGGUGCCCACAGUCCCGCCCUGUACCCUCUGGGGCCCUUUUGGCAUGGUGGCAGGGUGCUUCCAGGCAAGGCUGGCCUGAGUGAGAACAAGGAGCAGGACGCUCCCCAAGAGGUGGCCUUGGACAUCAGCCUGGGCCACAUUUACAAGUUUCUGGCGCUGUGUGCCCAGGCCCAGCCGGGGGCCUACACUGACGAGAACCUCGUGGGACUGAUAGAGCUGCUGUGCCGCGCCGGCCUGGACAUGGGGCUCCGCCUGCUGCCCAAGGUUGACCUCCAGCAGCUUCUGCUCUUGCUCCUGGAGAACAUCCGGGAGUGGCCGGGGAAGCUCCACGAACUCUGCUGCACCCUGAGCUGGGUGUCUGACCACCACCACAACCUGCUGGCCCUCGUGCAGUUCUUCCCGGACAUGACCUCCCGGAGCAGGCGGCUUCGAAGCCAACUCAGCCUUGUGGUCAUUGCUCGAAUGCUGGGCCAGCAGGAGACACUCCCUCUCUGGCAAGAGAAGACCCAGCUGUCCUCGCUCAGCCGGCUCCUGGGCCUCAUGAGGCCAUCAUCUCUCAGGCAGUACCUGGGCUCUGUGCCCUUGCCACCCUCCCAGGAGCAACAGCCAAAGGCUAGUGCCGAGCUGGACCACAAGGCCUGCUACCUGUGCCACAGCCUUCUGACGCUGGCCGGGGUGGUUGUCAGCUGCCGGGACGUCACUCCAGACCAGUGGGGCGAGCUGCAGCUGCUGUGCAUGCAGUUGGAUCGCCACAUCAGCGCACAGAUCCGGGAGAGCCCCCAGGCCACGCACCACACCAUGCUCAAGGACCUGGCUACCCAGACCUACAUCCGCUGGCAGGAGCUUCUGACCCACUGCCAGCCCCAGGCCCAGUACUUCAGCCCCUGGAAAGACAUCUAAAAGAGCAGGGUCAGGGCAGCCCAGGGCUCCUGGCUCCAGCAGGAAGUGAACAGGCUCAGGGAACUGGAGGAAGCGAAGCAUCAAGGCCAGAGGCGGCCACAUGCUGACCAGCCUGAUGAAGCAAGAGCCUGCCUCUGCCACCGCCCCGACACCCUCUCCUUUCAGCAAGGGAUGGGCUUCUCUGCCUCGCCCACCCCUCAGCCCUCCUCCCAGCCAUCUCUUCCCUAAGGCCUCUGUCUCCAUAGCUCUGGUUUCCCUGGGCCUCCGUCCUCCCCACCCUCCUUCCUCUCUCUCCCUGUCACCAAUGUGAGGUUUCUUUGUGCACAUUAAAGUCUUUCAGCAUCA